CCGCCGACGGUGUUGGUCAUCCGGCGCGUGAGGCCCCCCCCAUGCCCCCCCCUCCCACCAGCGCUGCAUCCGCACUGCUGACGUGGAAGGGUCGGAGCGCCAGAGUACCAUUGCGACGCUGCGCACCGUCCAGAGCCCUCGACCCGACCGUGACGCAUUCUGCUCGGAGCAGGAUCGGCCACCCGAGACCGGGGAGCGAAGCACAUGGCAAACACAAAUGCCGCUCCCUUGCCCAGACAUGAUCCCGCCGCCCCUAGCUGUCCUCUGUACACUUUGCAACGCACCGCCAACCCUCAGGCCUUAUAGGCUCCAGACGCAGGGCCGAUCGCCAACGCCGGGACCAGACAGACAAGCUGUGUGCACGACGCCCGCCUGUGCAGGGAGGACCGGCGUAAGCCCGGCGAAGAUCCUGGGGAAACCGAAAGGUACCGAUACCGCUACUCCCAGGACCUCUGCCAGGUUGCUUUCUGACCGGAACUUCGAGGCGAAUCCAGCGGCGGCGACGAGGGCCUCCCAGGAGGCCCAACACGGGCAAAAACGAGGGAAGGGAAGCCGUAUAGGGUACCUCUUCCUCCUCGGGGAUCCUGUGGCACGGGAUGUCGCCGUCCAAGAUCUUCGCGAAGACGUUGUCCGGAUCGUACUCGGCCACGGGGCCACCGCCGGCCCGCGCCGUCAGGGCCGCGCGAGAUCGUCCACCCCCGGCCCGGCGAGGGCGGCACGCCUGCGACCUCCACGCGAGCCUGGGGAGGGCGAGGGCGAAGAGGCGUCGUGGGAGGACGAACCCAGCCAUGAUCGCGUCGAACACAGAAAUCAAGAUGGAUGGUCUUUGGCCGUGUUCGGCCCCUGGGGGCCCUCGCCGGGCCUCGGGACCGUCAAACAACGACUCAGGAUUUGUGUUUUUUUUCCCAGCGGAGGACAAUGAGGAGGAGAGCACGGCCACGAGAACUCCCGCCACGCGGCUGCCACCAAAGCGCGAGGCAAUCCAAAGCCAAUCCGAUCGGGACCUCCUGAGGCCCCGUAUUGAAGCAAUCAGGACGUCGCAUGUCUGGGAACAGGAACCGUGGAAGGGGGAUGAUGAUGAUGAUGAGGAGGACGAGACGAGGACGAGGAGGAGGAGGAAGGAACCGCGGCGGCAGGACCCCUGGGUCGAGGGGCCCAUCGAAGGAGAGGGAUGGGGUUAUAACGCCACAGAGGACGGCUACAAGUCCCCCCAGCCUUGGGGCGGCCUUCUCCGACACCACCGCUGGACAAGCCUGAAGCCCAGGAGGCGCAAUUCUUCGGCAGGGCGGGCGCACAGUGGCAUGCCGAAGGUGUGCCUCCCCGUGGUGAUGGUUAUCCUCCUCCCCUUCUCGGC